AUGGAUAUAAUUUGGGAAAUAUUGAUCAUUCUUCAAGCCAAUUUUAUUGUCUGCAUAUCAGCACAGCCGAAUCCGCCGAAAAUUCACGAAGGAUGGUGGGCGUACAAGGAGGUGGUACAGGGGAGCUUUGUUCCAGUGCCAUCAUUCUGGGGGCUGGUAAAUUCGGCGUGGAACCUGUGCUCGGUGGGGAAGAGGCAGUCGCCAGUCAACAUCGAGACCAGCCACAUGAUCUUUGACCCCUUCCUCACGCCUAUAAAGCUGAACACGGGUGGACGAAAGGUGGGAGGGACCAUGUACAACACGGGCCGCCACGUCUCUCUGCGAUUGGACAAGGAGCACCUGGUUAACAUCUCUGGCGGGCCUAUGACAUACAGCCAUCGUCUGGAGGAGAUCCGGCUACACUUCGGCAGCGAGGAUGGACAGGGCUCUGAACACGUGUUGAAUGGGCAAGCCUUCUCUGGAGAGGUUCAACUGAUUCACUACAAUCAUGAGCUCUACACAAAUUAUACAGAAGCUGCUAAAAGCCCCAAUGGACUGGUCAUCGUGUCCAUAUUCAUGAAGAUUGCUGAGACAUCGAAUUCAUUCCUCAAUCGAAUGCUGAACAGAGACACCAUCACAAGAAUAACGUAUAAAAAUGAUGCGUAUCUACUGACCGGCCUGAACAUAGAGGAGAUUUACCCAGACACGAGUAGUUUUAUCACAUACGAGGGAUCGAUGACCAUCCCUCCGUGCUUUGAGACAGCCACAUGGAUCCUGAUGAACAAGCCGGUGUACCUCACGCGCAUGCAGAUGCACUCCUUGCGGCUGCUGAGCCAGAACCAGCCGUCUCAGAUCUUCCUGAGCAUGAGUGACAACGUUCGCCCGAUUCAACCGCUGAACAACCGUUGUAUUCGCACCAACAUCAACUUCAGCAUGCAGGGCAAAGACUGCCCCAACAACAGGGCUCAGAAGCUCCAGUACCGAGUGAACGAGUGGUUGCUAAAGUAG